AUGACGCCACCCACAUCCGCUUGGGGUCGAAGACCGCGUCCGUCGUCGGCGGCGGGGCCGUCUUCCUCGGCGUUUCCUGAUCUAGCAGCAUCACAACAAGUAUCACAAACACGCCGCUCUCGUGCUGCACGCGCUGCUUGGAGUGAUGCGCCUGCAUCAUCGUUUAAUCCGUAUCCUUCGCGUGUGGAAGAAAUGAAUGCUCGAGCGAGCCAGUGGCGGCGCACGGGGCAGGCGCCACACAGCGAUCUAGUGCCUGAGCUUGUACUGGAUCGGCACGACUCAUUGGAGUCCCAUACAUCGCGACAGGCCUAUGCGAGUAUAGUAGUCCGCGACAAGACAGCUCCCGCCGGUGCGUCGAGCGGCGGCGCUUGGGCGUCCAUGUUCCAUGCCAGGCGCACAGGCACAGCUGCCUCGCGUACUAUCCUACAAAGUAUUCGUGCGGCUGAACUGCGUCAGCAUCGACCGCCCCCUCUCUUCAACGAUACGCUCGAUCCGGCCAACGACAACAUCCAUCGCGCGAUUCACACCUUUACCAGCAGAGACACGGACGAUGAACGUCAUGAGGCACAGAUAGCUCUUGCUGCGUGCUUGUUCGACGUCGCAGCAUCAUGCCCUAGCGCUCCUGACGUGCUGGCAGCGCUAGAGGGCAGCGCUCACGUAUCGCGUACGUGCACCGAAGCCUUGGCCUCGUCGGUCGAUGCGUCCAUAUCGCCCUAUGUGCGCGUCUAUGAUCGUGAGCGACUCACGCGCAUCGUGGAUGCACUCACAGAAGCACUGAGCUGGCAUGUGGGAGCCCAUGGCGCUGACACUGUGCCCGAAUCCCUUGUUUACGCUCUGUCCUGCCUGUACGAUGCUAAUGCCCACCGCCCUGACCCUCUUGCUCGCUCGCGAUUCUACGUGGCUGCGACAGAGCUGCCAUCUAUUGUGCCUGCCUAUGCUGCCUGGCUCCAGGGCGCAUCCAAUAUAUGUGCCUUACCGUGGUCUCUGACGCUCGGCGCCAAGGCGCAAAUUCUCGCUUGGGAGGCGCAAUCGGCGAUGCGGGAGGCAUCCAGCGAAGCAUGGUCCCAAUCGGCUGCGUCAUGGCCUGAGUGUGGCACUUGGCCGAUUCAAGUAUCGCGCGCUACGAUCGUGGAAGACUCGUUCAAGGCAUUUUCUCUAGCAUCACCCGGUAUGCUGCAUCGGCCGUUGCGCGUCACGUUUCGCGAUGAGCCCGCCCAAGAUGCGGGCGGGUUACGGAAAGAAUGGCUACAAGUGCUAUGUGAUACGCUGCAACAGCAGGCCCCAUGGUUCGACUUGAGCCAAGCGAACGAGCCUCAGAUGCACGGUCUUUUGUACUUGCACCACACGUGCACGGACAAGGAGAUCCAUGCGGCUGAACUCCUUGGCAUGGCCGUGGGCCUUGCGCUCUUUCACCAAGUCACCGUCCCUCUUCGUUUCGCGCCUGCCUUGUAUGUCAUGCUGCUGGCCAUGGCACAAGGGCAUGCCCCUCCAUGCACGCUCGAUACGCUGGCACAGCUCAAGCCUGAUCUUGCCCAGGGCCUGGAGCGUCUUUUGCAUGCAGACGCAGCGGAGGUGGAAGGUAUGCACCUGGCAUGGCACAUCGAUACGCCGCAUGGUCCCCACGAUUUGCGGCCGCGUGGAUCUGAGACAGGACCCGUGCAGGCAUCUGAACGAGACGCGUACGUGGCUCGUCUCUGCGCAUACACACUGCUCGAGUCCGUUCAGGCACCACUUGAGGCAUUGGCACAUGGGUUUGCUAGUGUGGUAGCCCCUGCGAGUGACCGCUCGCCUUUGGCCCUGCUCACGCCACACGAGCUCGCGACGCAGCUAUGUGGACGCGAAGAGCACACACUCGAUGUCGAAGCGCUGCGCGCUCAUACGGAUUUAGUGGGAUUCCCAGAUCGCGAUGCCGCCGGUGCCCAGCGCAUCUUUGCCAAUCUCGAAGCCUUUUGGCACGUAUGGUCGACGCUCGCACCGGACGAACAGCAUGCACUUCUUGGCUUCAUUACGGGCUGUGCACGCGUGCCCGCUCUAGGGGUCCGGUCUUUGGGAUUGCGUAUCCAACACAUCGAACUCGAUCCUAUGCAAGCUGCUCGUGUACCUUGGAGCAGCACUUGUACGUCGACGCUCUUUCUGCCUGUGUACGCGUCCACAUCUGAGCUCCAUGCCAAAAUACGCAUCGUCGUGCGCCACUGCACGGGCUUUGGCCUCGCGUAA